AUGUCAAUAGUAAGCCAGGAUGAAGAGUUUAUGGAAAGCAUAAGCCGGCCCAACCCGAGCUUCAACACGUCCCUAACAGACGCAGAGAAACAGCUCUCGGAGCUCCAAUCCCGCAAACAAACCCAGCUAGUAGAGCAAAACCAACAGUAUCUAGAGCAAUUGUUCAUGGAGAAUGCCACACAGCCAAUCAAGAUCCGCAAUGUGCAAUUGACCAACGCUCAACAUUUUCGAGACUCGUUUAUCGAGGCCCAGUUUCGCCCGUUGCUUCUGGGCCAUGUGCUCAGCUUGGAGAAUUAUCUAUCGAGAGUGGAUGAUGUCCUGAAAAAUUUCCAAAAGAUGAGCGUGGUGGAUCAAAUCUUGUGCAACACGCAUCAAGUUAAUGCACCGCUGACGAGAUCGAUGGAUUUUGCUGGGCUAAGGAAGCCUAUGGCCGCUGCCACCGUCACGGGCGGUGCGAUCAAUAUCGUGCCUGUGUUCAACAUUAUACCCGUGAAACGAUUCUUUGCCAAAACAGGCACCAAUAUAGGCAACGGGGAAGGCGAUGGGUUUAUUCAAUUCCAGCUCCGGAAUAUAUUUGGAGGUGGGGAGAAUUUGGUGUUUGACGCGGUCACGGGCACAAAGACUCUGAGCUCCUACUUGGUCAACUACAACCAACCGGUGUUGAACAAUGCAAACUAUAUAUGGGAAACGGCAAUCAGCAUCAACUCGAGGAAAUUCGAUUGGAUCCAGAGCAACGUGAUGAGCAAGAGUUUUACAAACAAAUUAUAUACUCAAUUUCAUGACUCCAAAUGGAACUGCGAAGUUGUAGUUGAGAACUCCGUGCGGAACUUGAGCAAUUACGCGUCCAAGAGCUACGAGGUCAUGCAACAAGGCGGCCAAUCCAUCAAAUCAUCAAUUGGAUACAAUGUGCAUUACGACACGCGAGACAACAAGCAUUUGCCGUUUGCCGGUAGGUUUUUUCAAUUCGGGGUCGAGUAUAACGGGUUGUUCCCAAAGUGGAAUAGGUUUCCGUAUGUGAAAACUGCAAGUCAAGUACAACAGGCGUGGAGCUUGCCCCUUUUGAACUCGCAUUUGUUGACUAGUUGCAAGUUUGGAUUAUUGUAUCCGUUAACUCUGCAAAAUUCAUCGCGUACGCAAUCAAGCUCGAUUUUGGAUAGGUUUUUCAUUGGUGGGCCUAAUGAUGUGCGGUCGUUCCUGUUGAAUGGGUUGGGGCCACGGGACCAGAACUCGUUUGUUGGCGGUGAUUUGUUUCUCAAUGGUGGCGUUUCGUUAUUUACCAAUAUACCGAGAUACGCCGACUCGAAUUUCAAAAUCCACAAUUUCUUGAAUUGGGGCAAGAUUGUCACUUUGGAUCGGCAAGUGGGGUUGGCUGAGAAUUUCAAAAAACUCAGCCAGUCGCACUGUCUAAGUUAUGGGUUUGGAAUUUUGUAUAAUCACCCCAUGGCUCGAUUCGAGUUGAACUUUGUCUUGCCGUUGAUUGCCAAUGAAGGCGAUUCAAUUAGAAAGGGAAUACAAUACGGUAUCGGAGUUUCUUUCUUGUAA